AUGGUUGAUGGAUCCCCAGAUCUAGAUUUCCCCGUAUCUUCCGCCAUUUCGGCCUCUCCUUCAUUGUCCCCGACAAACACGCGCAACCUGCGUGCCAAAUCGCGUCUGGCCCCGGCGGUGUUCUUAUCCUCUCCUUCAGGAGACUCGAGCUCCAGCUCUUCCGCUGGUUCUCCCUCCCAGAGCGUGACACUCGAACCCCCGCCGCUUCCAUUCUUGUCGGCCAACCUUCGACCAGGCGACUCCCUGACCUCGUCGCCGGACAAUCGCAGAGCGGAAAGCAGUGUCUACUAUACCACUGCCUGGGGAUCUCCGUAUGCAGCACCCAGCACCCGGAGAUUAUCGCUGACUCUGAGCCAAUACGCCGGCAUCGACAACGGAGCAUCGAGAGAUAGCUCACCCACCCCGUCUAUAGUCAAUCCCCCCGAGUUUCGGAGAGCUAGUGUCGCCGUCAAUUCCGAGGAUCUUCUUGGCCAUCGCGAAGGAAAAUCAAUUCGGGAUUUUACUCAGGAUUGGAUCAAUCAAUAUUUGUCAGGCCAGCCUAGGACCGAACGCAGUAAUUGGCUGAGCGACGAUUCGGGAAGUGAGGCACCCUCGUUUUUCACGGCCAAGAAUCACCUUGCCGACGAUCUUUCGGACGACUGGCUUGGUCUGGAGGACGAUACCCGGGAAAGUGAGCUUCUGAAGACACCGACACUUUCCGAUUUUGUUGGAAAGAGGGCUGCAAGCCGCGCAAAAGGAAAGAAGAACGCUCACAAGCGUACGGAGACGUUGCGCCAGGAGGAUUUUUGGGGUUUCGCAUACGACAAGGAAUCCCCGAACAAUAACAUGUCAGAUUCUAAGGAGCUGCAGGGCAUAACUAUGGAGGUAACUUCGCCAGUGGAGAAGCCAUUGCCAGCACCCCCAACAAAUACAAACGAUGAGCCUGAGACACAAGAAAGCGCAGAGGGGUCCGCAAUGCCCGAUAUUUCAAAGAGGCAGGCGGCCGACGUCAACAGUACACCCAAGCAAAUCCCACAGAGACGGAAGAAGAAGAUUAUAUGGAAAGGCAAGGCAUGCUUUAUUGAUCUGCCGGUUGAUGACGCUCGCGGGUCCGAAGCGUCUGGUCACCAUAUUUUGAAACCCGCAGAGGUCCAGGCCCGGUUGAAAAAAUGGGAGGAUGAGGGUUAUGACGUUAAAGGAUUCACUGUUGGCGAUAUGCACGACUCUGCCGAGCCAACCGAGCUUGGUGGCUUGACUCGUCCUUUAUACCCCGAUCCAGCUGAGAUGCACGACGAGGGCAAGGCUCAACCCACCUCCAUUCGUUUCCCGGACAAGGCCGUAUGGGAUUCCUAUGUGGCCCACUUGCAAGAGGAGAAGCUGCGGGCUCUCGGUGUGUCCUUCGGCGACGAUGAACCGGGUCCCUCAAUUUCUCCCGCUUCUGGCUCGAUUAACCCGUCGCAAACGCCAUUCCCCGGGAUGGGACUAUCACCACCAAUCCCAAGUGCAUCCGCUGCUAGCAAUCCACUGGGCGGGAUCCAUCCUUUCUCCCCGCAGUUCGGGCAAUCAGCCGGGGCUGCAAGUGGAGGUAUUGGAUCCUUGGCCUCACCAGCUUCACAAUUCAGCGUGCAAACUCCGUUCCUGGGCAUGAAUGGUAUGGAGCAGAACAUGAUUUCUGGAUUCCCAUUCCAAUUCCAACCUACACCACCUGCACAGGGAGCUAUGACCCCGCAGAGUCUGAUCAACCUACGACAAGGCAACGGCUCUGUUGGUCCAGCUGCACUUCACAACUUCAGCUCCAUGCUGUCGCCCGUAUCCCCAUUGCAUGACCAAGGUCCCUUCCACCAUGGAUUCAACGAUGGCUUCCAAGAGAAGGAGGUAUAUGAUGACCGCUUUGGAAACCCUGGUUAUGAGGACGGGCCUCCGUUUCCCACUCCCCAGACUCCCGUCAACGAUCCGAGUCAGUUCCAUGCUUCGAAUGUGGAAAUUGCCCACCCGACACCUCGUGGCCAUGGUCACAACUUGAGCGAGACUCUCCAGAGAGGUCUUGACAAUAUGGCACACCCCGAAUACCACUUGACUCACGCUGCCGACCACCACAUGGAAACAGAUGAGCAUGACGCGAAUCACCAUGAAAACAUUCUCAAGCCUCACUGGGCCUUGCCAGAGAAUGAUCCUCAUCACCAGAUUCAAAAUGUUCCCCCACAACCAUCGCAUUUCGCCCAUCACCCCAACCAGUUCUACAAUGAGCAGUAUGCGCAUGAAAAUGCGCAUGAAGGUUCUGACUUUGAUACCAACCCAAGCAUCACUGGAACUCCUCAGACUCGGGGUGCGCAGCCAAACCAAGGGUCAUGGCACGAGGCAAAGCCAAGUGCUGGCUCUUUCCGCGGUCACCAUAGCAGGCUAUCUACUUCAUCUUUCAACGUUGAAGCCAAGGAGUUCGACCCAACGGCUUCUUUCGGAUCUCAGCAAGCACCCUUUGUCAACAAUGGAUUCCAAUUUGGGGGAGUCGAUCAGCCUGGUUAUGGAUUUGCCCCGGCAGCUCCUUUUGCUGCAGGCAUGAUGCAGGCCCCCAUUGAUUCCAACCCUCAGCCCAAGCCCAAGUCCAGCAGUUUCAAGUUUUCGGCUGCUUCCUUCAACGUGGAUGCGCCUGUCUUCAACCCGUCUGCCAGCAUCACCUCUAACCAUACUGCCCAACAGCCAUCUGAGAGUGGAUCAAAGAUUUUCGGGGAUAUUGAUCUCUCUGAGAUCUCGAAGCCAGCCAAGAAGUCAAAGGCUGUUCCAAUUGUGCGACCAGAUGACGAAGUUGAACCCCAAGAGGAUGAACAAGAGACUCAUGACGACCAUGAGGGACGGCCAGUGCCCACUGAUCGUCACAAGCGGGCUCGCCGAGGCGUCGGCCAUGCUGAAGGCGAGGCUCGCUACAGCAUCUCGACCCAUCCGUUGGGCGAGUCUGGCAACGCUCAAGCACCUAACCCGCUCCAAAGUGUUGCUGAGGGCAAGGAGAAUGCCUCCCCUAAUGAGAACGACAAAAAGCGAGUCGAGCGCCAGGACACCCCUCACAGUGAGGCAGAAACAUGGACUUUGUUCGAUGCCCAACGUGAUGCUGAUGCACGAUCUCACAUUGAAUCAUCUGUUCAUGAAGAUCAGACCAGAGAUCUGGACGAACCUGCUGAGGAGACUCAGCUGGAACAGUCCACUCAGAACAACGGUCCUGAAUGUGAUGUCAAGCCCGCAGGCCAUUCCUCCCAAGAAUCCAAGGACCAGAACACAAUGCUCUCUGCCACAGCUAAGCCUUUCGAGUUCAAGCCUGCUGUUUCCUCCUUCGCGCCUACUUCCGUUGAGCCGUCCAACUUUGGGGAGCAAAGCCCUUCAUUGCGGAAGUCAGAAGCUCAGCAAACCGAGAAGAAAACCGUCGACAAGAAACAGGGUGGUCUUAUGGCUUCUCGCUUCGCGACUAACAGCCCACCGAAGUCGCAUGUCCCACCUCUCUCACAUACCAUUGCGCCAUUCCAGGAGCCGGAGACGCUUACUGCUCAACAGAAGCUUGAGUAUUACCGCGAAUCCGCUGAAGAGUCGCCUGAUGACGAUGAACUUAACGCGAUCAUGGAUCAGCUUAACGAGGACUCGGAUGUUGGCAUCGAGCGCCACACUACACCUCUUCCUCGCCAGUUCAUCUCAGAGUCUGUUGGUGGGCCAACUAAAGAACGACCCUUUGGUUCUGCAGAGGGCCGAAGCGAGGCACCGAGCCCCAGCCCUGGUGGCGGCCACAAGACCUACAAGCUCGAUAUUCCCAAGCUCGGCUCCGACAUUGAUGCUCAGAGCAAUGCUACCUUCUCUCCUGUCAAGAGUCUCAUCUCUCGUAUCCAGUCUCCUGUGCGCCAGCUUAUCACCGAGAACGACCAUGUCAGCGAUUGGGAUGACAUGAUCUCCUCUGGAGAGGACGAGAAGUUCUUCAACCGCAACCGCUUCUUCGAUCGCCGCAUUAAUGAUAUCGUUGGUGCUGCCAUCGAUGAUCGUUUAAGCCCCAUGGAGCGUGCUCUGGCUGUUAUUCAGCAGUCUGUUGCUUCUAUCGCUACUGGGGCUGCCACUCGGAGGGUGCUGCGCAGCACAUCCGCUGAACUUGAGGACAGCGAUGCAGAUGAUGAGGAUGAUGGUGAGGAAGCGCACGAGAGUUCGUCUAGAGAUCGCUCGCCUCAUCACAUGCGUGACCGUAAGGUGGAGAUGCUGAAGAGCAUCGUCAUGGAGGCUCUUGUUACUCAUGACAUGCCACACCGCUCGGCUCCUCACUCUAGCCAUAGCGAAAUGGCUCUGCUCAAAGAGAGCAUUGCUGAGCUUCAGGCUAUGACCAUUAAGAAGCUUGCACAGGAUCCUGUUGGUGACAUGCGCGAGAUUCUUGAGGAGACUCUUGCUAGGCAAUUGGCCCAGCAAACUCCGCGGUUGUCGGAAGCCGAAGAGAUUGGUGCGGAUAGCCUCAUGCUCCAGAUCGACGGUCUCAAGAGCAUGUUGCGACUCGCCGAUGAGCGUUCUGAGCAAGAAUACAAGGCACGCCGGGAGGCACAGGAGUCGAUCGGCGAACUCCAGACUCUUCUGAAGCUUGCUGAAGAUGACGCCGCGCGCCACAGUGCUGCUGCCGAAGAUGCGGAGGCUCGCUUCCUUCACUUUAAGGAGGAGAAAAUUCCUCACCUGGAGAAGAUGCAGUUCCGAUCCGAGUCUCUCGCGGAGGAGAACGAGACCCUCAAGGUCACUCUUGCCGAGCUUUCUUCAAAGAACAUCGCUCUCGAAGGUACUCUAGACGAGUACCGCGUUUCCAGCGACCACUUCCGUCGUCAACUGGAGACCGCUAAGGGCGAGAACAAGUCCCUUCAUGAGACCGUUGAUCAUCUACGUACUCGUAUCGAGGACAGCAUGUUCGCUCGCCAGAACCUCACCGAGAAGUUUGACCGUCUGCAAGCUGACAUGGUUACUGUCACUUCCGAGAUCACCCAGGACCAAGCUGCUGCCCGCCGCAGGGAAGAGCAACAGACAGCCAAGCACAACGAGCUUCUCGCAUCGCAUGCUCGUGAAAGCAAGCUCCGUGAGCAACUCGAGCAGGAUGUGCGCGAGUUCGAGGUCCGCGAGCGUGAAGCUGCCAAGAUCAAGUUCGUCCACGAGCAAUCGGUACAGGAGAACGCUCGCUUGGAAGAAACUAUUGCCACACUGCGUGCCGAGAACCAUGACUUGCAGCUGAAGUCGGCUCGCUUCGAGCGUGAGUUCAACGACGCCCGUGAGAGCAGCCGCAUCGAGGUCCAGCGUACCCGUACUUCUAUGGAGGCAGACCUUGAGGCAGCCAAUAGCCAAGUCAACAUUGUGCGCGCGGAGCUUGAGGCCCAGAUUAUCCGUCUCCAGAGCCAAAUCGAUCAUGUUCGCAUGGAUGCUGAUACGUCUCGGGAGCGCUAUGAGAUGCUCCUCGAGGACGCUAAUGACUCAAAGGUCGCUGCCCUCACCAUCGCUAAAGAGUCCCGGGAGACUGCCCUUGAGGACCAGCGCAAAACACACGAGCGGGUUCUCAAUGACCUCCGCGAGCGUCACGCCCGUGCCCUGCACAACUCUUCUGAGGAUCGCCAACGUGGUGAAGCUCAUACAGAGGAGCGCCUGGCUCUCGCAGCUGAGAAGGUCAGCCACCUUCAGGAACGUGUGCAACACCUUGAGGAGAAGCUUGAGAUUGCCCAGUCUGCUGCCCGUGCCGCUGCUGAGGCGGCCCAAAAGGCUGGCUCCGGCCCCAUUCCUGCCCCUGUUCCUGCCCCUGGCCAUUCGUCGUCGCCUUCCAUGUCUUUCACCAAGGGAUCAAACGAGCCUGAUAAGAUCUCCCCGCAGGCUCUUCGUGAGUCUAUCUUCGUGUUGCAAGACCAACUUCAGCAGCGUGAGACCCGUAUUGAGGAGCUUGAGCAAGAGAUUGCUUCGGUAGACAAGGAUGCCCCUAACAAGAUCAAGGAGCGAGACAGCGAGAUCACCUGGCUUCGCGAGGUGCUCGGUGUUCGCAUCGAUGAUCUGCAAGACAUAAUCAAGACUCUCUCGCAGCCUUCCUUCAACCAGCAUGCCGUCCGUGAUGCAGCUAUCCGCCUGAAGGCGAACUUGCAAAUGCAACAGCAGGAACGAGAGCGCGCUAUGUCCGGAGCAACUCUGCCGUCGCUUCAGUCCAUUGCAGCGUCUCCCCGGUCUCUUCCUCUUGCUGCCGCUGCAGCCUGGGGGAAUUGGCGCAAGGGUAGAGAAAACGGCAAUGUCAGCGGGAGCCCGUCUGAACAGACACCGUCCAAGUCUAGUAAUGCUAGUGCCUUCCUGUCUGGACUCUUGACUCCUCCAAGCUCGCACGCCCGUCAGAAUGCCCCCCACUAUUCUGCCCCGGGACGCUCCUAUGCCGAAAGCAGGCCUCUUAGAGGAUUCAACUCUCCCCGCCGUGGCUCAGUUCGCUCUGAAGCACCUAUCCCGGAGCCACCCAAGACCCCUCCACUUCUCCGUCGCUCCAGCUAUGAUCACGAUGCGGAGCCAGCAAACUAUGAGCAAGACAACUUUGCUCCCGACGAUAUCGAGAGCACCGUUGGCGGUAUGGUCUCGGCGUCUCCAAAGGAGACUGGCGAAGAAGGCCCCUUCGGACCGCAGAUCUCAUCUGAUACCGAAGAUACUCCCGAAGAGACUGAAGAGUGA